CGUGUCAUGCGACUUUGAAGCGUCAGAACAAUCGCAAUACUAGAACAGUUAACUUUGACAAGUCAAGUUACAGUGUCAAGUGUAAAUUUUGUCUCAAAUUAAACUUAUGGUAUUUUUGCACUUCAAUGAAUAUCUGUGUCUGAUAUAAUUAAUUAUCAGAGUUGUCGGAUACCUGAAAUAUCUGCAAGGGGCAAAUCGCGAUCAAGUAUGAGCCAAACUACGAGAAGACAAGAGAGAAGAGUAAUUAAUUUUGUCAACGAACAAUCGGACAAUUUCAGAAGAAUGUCAGAACUUUUACAGAACAUUUCUGCGGAUAUUGAGCUCCUCCAGAACGAUACCGGUUCUAAAUCAGCGAGUAGCGCAGAUGAAUUCGUGUGCUUACAAGAUUUGUGCUCUUCUCCUGACUUCUUGGAAGAGCAGCGAGCAAUACUGCGAGAUUUCGAAAUGGCAAAGCCUAGAACUGCGGAAAAGAAUGGAAGUCCACAAUCAGAGCGUCGAGAAAAUCACGGAUGUUCACGUCGUAGCAGCAUUGGAGUGAAACUCAGCUGUCCUGUCUGUCUCGAGAACUUGUCGUCCGUGAAAUGCUGCAACAUAAAAAUGGUGACAGAGUGCGGACAUAUAUUUUGCAAGUGUUGUAUCGAGGAUAUAUGCGCGAGUGAUGAGGCAAAAGGGCUGGAACCUUUGUGCCCCGUUUGUCGUGAAGAAAUUGGCGAUCUGCGGAAAAUUUAUUUUUAAACGCGGACAAGUGUAUAACUUAUAAUCUUGUGGCAUUUUAAACAGAUUAAAAUUUUUGUGUCACACUGUAAAACAAUAAGGAACUUUGUAGUUUUAUUAUUAUUGUAUUAGACACAUAAAUCUCACUUCAUUCCGUACACAUACAAAUAAGAUAUAACGUGUACCAAUCAAACUAGUGAAAUAAAGAAUAAUU